GCGGCACCUGCCCGCGCUGCCCCGCGGGACACCCCCGGGACACCCCCGGGACACCCCCGGGACACCCCCGGGAUCCCCCCCGGGACCCCCGGGCGCGGCAGGAGCAGGAUGGCCGACGGGCACGGCUGGUGGAAGCUGACGUUCCUGCGGAAGCGCCAGGCAGCGCCCACGGUGCUGUACGAGAGCCCCGACGGCCACGCGGCCCCGGGAGGAGGGGACAGCGCGGAGGGGACCGGCCCGGAGGGGCCCCCCGGCUUCGCCGCCCGCCUGGAGAAGAUCGUGGACAAGAGCACCAAGGGCAAACACGUCAAGGUCUCGCACUCCGGGCGCUUCAAGGAGAAGAAGAAAGUGAGGGCGACGCUGGCCGAGCAUCCCAACCUGUGCGGGGCCGGCGAGCGCGAGGAGAAGUGACCCGGCUCGAUGUCACCCUCCCGGGGAUGCCGGUCCGGGGGGCUGCAGGAGGAGAGAGGACUCGGGAUGGAGUUUAUCCGAGGGAAAAUCCAGGAGCCGACAGGACUGACCCCGGGGCAGAGCGGGGCGCCGAGCCGGGCGCUGCCCGUCCCUCCCGCUCCCCAGCGCUGACUGGUUCGUACUGGGAUGAGGAUGAGGACACUCCCCGCACCGCCCGCCCGGCUCUGCCCCGAUCCCGAUCCCCUCCUCCCGUCACUCUUCGGGGCCGAGCCCCCGCUCGUGUCCCAGUCCCGAGGGGCUGCGGAGCCGCCGGUGCCGCGUCCUUGCCGAGUCACCUCCGAGCGGGGAUGCGACUCUUCCCUGUCCCCAGGGAACGACCCUGCGGGAUAAAUCCCCCCACGGGAACCGCGGAGGGCUCCCAGGAGGAGCCGCGUUCCGCAGGGAAUCGCUCCCUGCUGCUGGAAGCGGGGAGCCGACGCCGGGGGUCGGGAUGUUGGAAGCCCUCGCGCCCGCUGCUAAUUAACUGCGGUUAAUAAACCGAGCCUGAGGCAGCUCCGGGAGAGCUC